AUGCCAAAAAAACUGCUUCCAGCUGAAGCCAACACCGCCGCUCAGAAGCUCGUCGGAGUCAUUGGCGACACCAAGAUCCCAUUGCCAUCUGCGUCAAUGUUCGUCAACCUUCAGGCAAUCGGCCAAGCGACCCAUAUCGUCAUCAAUUAUACCGCCCAGAGCGCAUCCUUGCUCAACAUCACAGACGAUGACGGCCCAGACAUCUCCACACAGCAAGUCCGGCUUCUUUCGCCCACUUCCGCCGGAUUACCAUCCAUCGACGCCGAUUCGGUCCACUACUGCCCGUCUUGGAUAUACCCGCCUCUACAGCGCGGAAGAUGGAGUGACUGCCGCGUGUCUGUCGAGUGA